AUGGAGCUCUUCUUCAAAAUAAUGGAGUAUACAGAGGUGGUGAUCAAUGGAUUUACAGAUCCAGGAGACCAAGCAAAUCUCACACAAAAUCAGAGGGAGGAACUGAUUCGAAACAGGAAGAAAGAUAACAGAGCCCUGAUGUAUAUUUAUGGAGCAAUUGAUUCUGAAAUCUAUGAGAAGAUUGCACAUGUUACCACAUCGAAGGAGGCCUGGGAUUGUCUGAUCAAUACCUUUGUGGGAAGAGAUAAAGUGAAGAAGGUGAGAUUGCAGACUCUACGACGACAGUUCGAGCUUCUUCAGAUGGAGAAAAAAGAAAGUAUCUCCGAUUACUUUGCAAGGACAUUGGCCAUUGUCAAUCAAAUGAAGGCCAAUGGGGAGGUUAUCAAAGAACUCCAGAUUGUGGAGAAAAUCCUUCGAACCUUGACGGAGCGGUUUGACGGAAAGGUCACAGCCAUUGAGGAGUCUCAAGACCUUAAUGCUAUGAUGGUGGAUAACUUAAUGAGUUCCUUGCAGGCCUAUGAACAAAGGCUGAAUGAGAAGUCGGAAAUGGUGAUUGAAGAAGCAUUGCAGACUCAGUUAAGCUUCAAAAAGGAGAAAAAUUGGUCGUCUCGUGGUGAGUCAAGCUCAACUCAGAAGAACCAAAACUCAAGUUACAAGAGAGGUUCACAAGGCAGAUUUGGAACAAGAAGAGGAAGAGGAAGGGGCUUUCAUUGGAGUCAAGGAAGAGAUAGAGCAAAUGUCCAGUGCUUUAAUUGUUAUGGAUAUGGUCAUUACAAAAAUGAAUGUAGCUUGAGAAGGUCGGAGAACAAGCAGUUUCAUGCCAAGUUUGCAGAGGACAACAAUGACAGUGAAGAGACUUUGUUGAUGGCUUUCAGUGCUAUGAGUAAUGGUGAACAGAUCACAUGGUACCUGGACACAGGCUGUAGCAAUCAUAUGUCCGGUCACAAGGAGUUGUUCGUUGAGCUAAAUGAGUCAAUACAGUCAGAGAUUACAUUUGGGAAUGCUGCAAGGAUGCCAGUUAAAGGAAAGGGCAAGAUUUCUAUCCAGCUGAAGAAUGGGAUGUACAACACCAUAUCAUGA